GCUCGAGUUGCUGCUCAGGCCGUGAUGGCCCAGUCGGCAUAGGCUUCCUCUGAUCACCGUCGCCCCGCUGGAGUCAUCAUGGCUGUCAUGAUGCUGAUCCUCUUGGUCGUCUCGGUGCUUGGUGGUGUGGCUGCCAGUGCUUGCGCCUACAAGCGCACCGUGGGCGUGGUGGACGCGCUGAGCGUGCCAGCACGGCCCUGUGCCUCUGCCGGGGGAGCCGUCCUGCUGGGGGGUGGCCUGCUUGGAGCACUGUGGUGCUUGCUGUCGCCGCCGCCGUUCUCGGCGCGCAUCGAUGGUCCGCCGGAGCAUCGCCUGAACGAUCCAGGGAGAUCGAUCUAUCUAGGUAACGGUUGCUUUUGGCAUACUCAGUACGACGUCGUUAUGGUGGAGCAGGGCAGCGCGUUUGGCAACCGCACCGAUGGGGAGGUGACUGCACUGGUCGGCUACGCAGGAGGCCUGUACGAGAGCCAGAGUGGCUCGGUCUGUUAUCAUGGCCUCCCCCACACCGAUUAUGGUCGCUUAGGUCAUGCAGAAGCGGUUUCUGUAACUAUAGACGCCGCAUCUGGUGCCGAUGCGUCAGCGCAGAUAUCUGCGCUCGCAGAAGCAUAUUUUGAACACGGUUUCCAGACGGUGGACGGCCGCAGGCAGCGCUUGGACCCGCAGGACAUGGGUGCUGAGUAUCGUAACGUGAUCGGACUGCCAGGCGGCAUGGACAACAUUGAAUGGUGGCCCCUCUUCCAGGCUGCCAACAUUUACAGUAUGCCCUUGAUACGCGCCAAUGGGGGCUCCACUGGCGACGACACGGAAGAUGAAUACGUGGUCUAUGUGUACGAUUCUUUGGUGUAUCCUUUUUUCCGCGGUGAAGCCUAUCAUCAAUUUCACGAAAAUUCCGUGAUCGGUCGCCCGUUACCCGCCUCGUACCUUAGCACUCUGAAAACAGUGCAGGCCGACAUCGGCCGGCUUGGCGAUGAUGACAUCGGCUGCGCUGGCGUGCCCGCUGAACUGAUCAUGGUGUUCGCUUUGUUCUUCGGCUUAUCGCUCGGACUAGGCUGCAUCUUGCUCGACUUGUCAUUGCCCCCCAAAUACCGGCUCCUCGGACCAGAGGGCCUGUGCUGCCGCGCACUGGACACAUCUGAUGGGCGACGCCCGCGGAGACCGCAGGGGCCGUGACAUAGCGCACUGGACUGGCAGAAGGUCCCGAAGUUAUCUGAGGGGGUACGGCCACAGUGCCGAUGCAACGAAAAAGGUAGCUCUCGCCCGGGUGUGGCGAACCUUCGUCUCGCAAGGUCACCCCGGCUUCGAGGAUGGGGGGGCGGCUCCUCCUCAAACUGCGGCUCUCGCCUCAGUG